AUGAGUCUCGACCAGAGCAACAUGGUCAGCAGCCAACACGAACUCUUCAAACGUAUCUCCAGAGCCGAAGAGAACCUGAAGAAGAUGGGGCAAGCGAACAUCACCCUCGCCGCCAUCGAGACCCGCAUUCGCAUCCUCGACGACCUGUGGGCAAAGUUCGAGAGUCAGCACGACCUGAUUCGAAACUGCUACAAGGAUUCGAGCCGCUACGCUGAAAGUGAGUACGCUCAAUCAGACUUACUCGAGGCCGCCGAGAUGACUUACGUGCAGCAGCGUAGCGUCCUGUUUGGCGAGGCCGAUCGCCGCAAGCCCGCGCAAGCCUCCGCGCCGGUGGAGCACGGUACCGACCGCGCGUCGCGAACUUCGCUGCCCCGUGUCCAAUUACGGGAAUUUUCGGGUUCCUACGAGGACUGGCCAUCCUUCCGUGAUCUCUUUAAAUCAGUGAUCGGUGAGCAGUCGUCCAUCUCGAAAGUCGAACAGCUGUACUAUCUGCGUUCAUGCCUCAAGGGGCCGGCUGAAAACAUAAUAAAAUCAUUAACGAUUACGGGCGAAAAUUACGAUCGUGCGUGGGAGCUGCUCUGCCAGCACUACGAAAAUAAGAGAGAGCUGAUACGCUCCAACUUCGCCACGUUUACCGCCGUGGCAAAGAUGAAAGCCGCUACCGCCGACGAACUCAGCCGCGUCCAGAACGCCGUCACGUCCGCCGUCAAUGCGCAAGAGAGCAUCGGAAGGCCCAUCGACUCGCACGGCAUGGACCUGUUUAAUCACCUCGUCGUCGAACUGUUUGACCCGCGAACGCGUCUGGAAUGGGAGUCCUCCUCGGGAGACUCCUUCGAACCGCCGCCUCACGCUACGUUGAUGACCUUCAUCAACAAACGGAUCCUCACGCUGAACGCAGCAAAUCCAAAGACCACUAAACCCGCGAGUGAACAAUCACGGUCCGCGAAAACUCACGUCGCGAAGCGGUCCGAGCCUUCUCAGUGUCCGCUCUGCAAGGGGAAGCACUCGCUCAUGGGGUGCCCCGACUUCAAGGCCAAGGUGGCCAGUGAGAGAAAGACAGUGGUCGAGACUAAUAAGCUCUGCUUCAACUGUCUCGGCAAUCAUCAGGUGGCGAAGUGCAAGUCAACCCGGAACUGCUUCACGUGCAACGCGCGGCACCACUCGAUGUUGCACGACGCGUACGUUUCCGCGACGGCACCCCCCGCGGAAGUCAGCACGCUUUCCGCCGUCGGAAAGGCCGACGACAGUAAGGCGAUUCUUCUCGCAACCGCGCGCGUGACUAUCGCCGAUCGGCACGGAGAUCCUCAUGAGGUUCGGGUGCUCAUCGACCAGGGCUCCGAAGUGUCGAUCGUAUCGGAGUCCCUGGUGCAGCGACUACGCCUGCCGCGAUCGCGCACGCGAGUGUCUAUCUUCGGCAUCGGCGGCUCCCAGUCGGGAUCCACACGAGGCAAGGUGUCCCUGACCAUCAAGUCGAAAACCACCGGAGCCACUCUCACCGCCGUCGCGUUCGUGCUUCCGCGUCUCUCGCUCUACCAGGGCGCCGCGAAUAAGUGCCGCACCUCGUGGCCUCACCUCCGAGGGCUUCCUCUGGCCGACCCCCGCUUCGCCGCCAACGACCCAGUCGAGCUGCUGCUGGGCGCCGAGGUGUGCUCGACCAUCCUGGAGGAUGGUCUCCGCCGAGGCGAACCUCAAACGCCGAUCGCUCAGAAAACCAUCCUGGGAUGGAUUCUUUCAGGGGGCUGUGGUGCGACCCUCCACUGUCACCACAGCUCACUCCAGUGUACCGCCGACCAUGACUUGGCCGAGCUGGUCCGCCGUUUCUGGGAGCAAGAGAGCGAGCCUCCCGCCUCCGUCGCGCUCACUCCCGAGGAAGAAGAGUGCGAGCGACAAAGGUACGCACCCACGAGCGCACACCCGCUGGCCGAGCUCUACCGCUCGUUUAUGCGGGAGUACGAGGACCUCGGGCACUUGGAAGCCGUAGCACCGUCGGACGAGAACACAACUCGCGGCGUGUGCUACCUCCCACACCACGGCGUGUUGAAAGAAGCCAGCACUACCACCAAACUUCGCGUAGUGUUUAAUGGCUCGCAACGCACCAGCUCCGGAGACUCGCUCAACGACCACCUCUUCGCAGGCGCAAAUCUCCUGCCGGCACUUGCUGACGUGCUCUUGCGUUGGCGUCGGCACCGCUACGUGAUGAUCACCGACAUCGAGAAGAUGUAUCGCCAGAUCAUCGUCCACCCGGAAGAUCGUGACGACCAGCGGAUCCUGUGGCAAAGUGCCGUCGAACUACUCGUGCGCGUUCUCCGCCUGACAACGGUCACCUAUGGCCUCACGUGCUCACCGUGGGUCGCGAUUCGCACGCUCCUGCAACUCGCCAAAGACGAGGGGGCUCGGUUUCCGCGUGGCGCGAUCGCUCUCGAGGACGACAGAUACGUGGACGAUGUCGUGACCGGUGCGGACACUAUCGACGACGCGGUUGCCGUGCAAACCGAACUGCGCGAACUCUGCACGGCGGGCGGGUUUCCGUUGCGCAAGUGGGCCGCGAACUCCGAAGACGUUCUCGUCGGCAUCCCGCAGGAGCACCGCCUUAAACGCGCCCUCCACGUGUGGGAGACAGACGGACACUCCACUCUCGGUCUCCGCUGGCACCCGACGGAAGACGAAUUUUCCUUCGCGAUUCGUCCGCGCGCAAUCACCGUGUUCACAAAGAGGCGCGUCCUCUCGGAAACCGCACGCUUAUUUGAUCCAUUAGGGUGGCUCACCCCCGUCGUGAUCCGAGCGAAAAUCCUCAUCCAGUCCACCUGGUUGAAGGGGCUGGAUUGGGACGCCCCUCUUCCGUCGGCCGACGCUCAACAAUGGGGGAGCUUCCUGGAGGAGCUUCCGCGGCUUGAACUCGUUCGCGUGACCCGCUGGCUCGACAGCGGAGCAGAUUCACGAGUCGAGAUCCACGGAUUCGCCGACGCGUCCGAGCGAGGCUACGCCGCGGCCGUCUACCUCCGCGUUACGAGGAACGGUUCCGCCACACUGCACUUGCUCAUGACAAAGAGCAAGGUAGCCCCGAUUCGGCAGGUGUCCCUCGCUCGACUCGAACUGUCCGCGGCCGCACUGCUCACUAAAUUAACGCGACACGCUCGCGACACUUUACGUUUGUCCACAGCACCGAUCUACCUUUGGUCCGACGCCCGGGUGACACUUUACUGGAUCAGGGGUCACGCAUCCCGGUGGAAGACGUUCGUGGCCAACCGGGUAUCGCUGAUCCAGCGAACUCUCCCCGAGGCCCAGUGGCGGCACGUUCCUGGACGAGAGAACCCGGCCGACUGCGCUUCCCGGGGGAUCGCGCCCAGCGAGCUGAUCGGCCAUCCGCUGUGGUGGACGGGUCCACCGUGGCUGCGGGAGGACCGAACCCAGUGGCCCGCCGAGAGCGACGAGAUCCCCGACGCGGAGAUGCCGGAACGGAAGGCCGUCGUGCAAGCCGCCGUCGGAAGGAUCGACACGGAGCCCGACACGCUCCUUCGAUUCUCGUCACUGCACCGACUGUUGCGAGUCACCGCGUGGUGCUUACGAUGGCGACGCACCACCUCCCGCACCAACGAUCACGGCCCGGACGAUCGGGCGCUAACACUCACUCCGGAAGAACUCGACGCGGCACACGUCCUUUGGCUUCGAGUGGUGCAAUCACUGCACUAUCCGGAGGAAAUCAGGGCCGUCACCGCCGGCCGCACUGUGCCGCACCGCAGCCCACUUGCAAAGCUGAGUCCCUUCCUCGACGACCACGGCGUGCUCAGAGUCGGAGGGCGACUCAAACACGCUCUGAUUCCGGACGACGAACGCCAUCCAAUGAUAGCUCCCUCGGAGUCCUGGCUCACGCGCCUGCUCGUGGAGUCUUGCCACCGACGAACACUCCACGGCGGAGUGCAACUAACGCUUGGGCGAGGACACCGCGCGCACAAGGCGUUCAUCGCCGUCUUCGUGUGCCUCGUCACCAAAACGGUGCACUUGGAGGUAGUCUCCGACUACACGACGGAGGCGUUCUUGGCCGCCCUCCGUCGCUUCACUGCACGCCGAGGGCUCUGUUCGGACAUCUACUCCGACUGCGGCACCAACUUCAUUGGAGCGGACCGGGCAUUGAAAAAUCUUCUCCGCGCGUCGUCAUCCGACGGCCGGCGCAUCGCUCACGAUGCCUCCGUCCACGGAACUCGGUGGCAUUUCAAUCCUCCAGCCGCACCGCAUUUCGGCGGACUCUGGGAGGCGGCGGUGAAAUCCACCAAGUUUCACCUGCGACGAGUCAUCGGCGAGACGACUCUCACCUUCGAGGAAAUGGUCACCUUCCUCGCUCAGGUUGAGGCGUGCCUAAAUUCUCGGCCACUACACGCACUCUCUGAUGAUCCUGACGACGUCUCGGCACUGACGCCGGGGCAUUUCCUCAUCGGGGCACCUUUGCUGGCGGCUCCUGAGCCGUCACUUGAGGAACGGCCGGACAAUUCCUUGUCUCGAUGGCACCUGGUGCAGAAGAUGCGCGAUCAUUUCUGGCAGCGGUGGUCGCGCGAAUGCAUUCAGCACCUCGCUUCUCGACCAAAGUGGCUAGCAGCUGAGGACGCUCCUGAGGUCGGCAUGCUGUGCCUGAUCCAGGCCGAGAUCACGCCGCCGAAUCGAUGGCCUCUCGCACGGAUCGUGAAGCUGCAUCCUGGAGACGACGGCGUCGUUCGAGUGGUGACCGUCCGCACGGCCUCCUCCGAAUUCGUCCGGCCCCUUGUCAAACUGGUGCUGCUUCCUGGGGCCGCCGACACCACCACCGUCGAGGAUACGUGA